AUGGGAAAUUUCCUCUGCAAGAUAAUCACGAAGGUUCUUGCUCUGAGAUUGUUAGUCUACCUCCCGAGAUUGACCUCUAAUGAGCAAGGGGCUUUUCAAAAGGGGGAAAUUAUCCACACUAAUAUAAACUUGGCUUCAGAGCUGGCAAAUAUGAUGCCUGCAAUGACAAGAGGUGGAGGAAUGGGUAUCAAAAUUGAUAUCAAGAAGGCAUUUGACACCAUUGACUGGGAAAUUUUAGUCUCUGUUCUGUCUAGAGGUCUAAAUGAUCUUAUCAGGGAGAAGAAGAUUAAGGCUUUGCAUGGCCCUCGUGGGGUUCAGCCCCCAGGGCAUAUGAUGUUCAUAGAUGACAUUUUUAUCAUCACCAAUGCAUCAAUAAGCUUGGAGAAGAGCAAGUUGUCUAUGGAAAAUAUCCCUGCAGCUAGAAAGCAGACUAUAGGAUUCGAACUGGGUAUUCCUAUUUACAGUAUGCCUACAAAAUAUUUGGGGGUAGAGAUUUUCAAAGGCAAAGUCAAGAAGGAGGCUCUUCUCCCUGUUAUGGACAAUGUGAAAGCUAGGCUAUCGGGUUGGAAGGGAGAUUACUCUCUAUGGCUGGUAGAGUAG